AUGUUGGAUGACGUAUGGGCUGGGAGCUCCACGUGCUCCCUGUCUAGCGAUGGGAUCUCUGUCGAAAAGAUGAAGCAGGAAUUUCACAAAGCCUGGCCUCAAUGCCCAGAGAAAGCCAUGGAUUUCGAAGUCAACGAGAAACCGCCGCAAGAUGAACCCGUGGAAGUUGCUGGUGUUACCAAAAUCAAGGCUGUCGAAGCUGUUGGUGGAAAGAAGGGCAAAUACUUCAUGUACGCCGGGUUGGCAAUGAUCAUGAUCAUCUUCGAGCUCGACAAUUCAACCGUCGGGACGUAUCGAAACUUCGCGACGUCCGACUUCAACCAGCUCGGGAUGCUGGCCACCCUGAACACCGCCGCCAGCAUUAUCACUGCUAUCGGCAAGCCGCCUAUUGCAAAGUUAUCAGACGUGCUCGGGCGAGGCGAAGCAUACAUCAUUACUGUCACCUUCUAUAUCCUCUCCUACAUUCUCUGCGCCUCGUCAAAGUCUUUCGACACCUAUGCUGGCGGCUAUGUCUUCUACGCACUCGGCCAGGCGGGGAUGGCCAUCCUCAACUCCACGAUUGUCUCGGAUCUCUCCUCAAUGCGUUGGAGAGGGUUCGCGUACAACAUUCUCUAUAUUCCGUUUCUUGUCACGCCGUGGGUCUCCGCGUUCAUCGUUGACAGCGUGGUCCACGGAAUUGGUUGGCGCUGGGGAAUUGGCAUGUUCGCAAUCUUGAUGCCGUUCUGCGCGAGCUUUAUCAUCAUCACUCUCCUGGUCUUUCAGCGGCGCGCAAAGAACGUGGGUCUCAUUCUCAAUGAGCGCCUCACCAUCUACAGCUUCUGCUCUCGAAUUGACCUAGGCGGUAUAAUGCUUCUCAGCGGUGGCUUCGCAUUGGUUUUGAUACCCAUUACUCUCGCGGCUACUGCGACUGACCGAUGGUCCACACCCUGGGUUGACGCCUUGAUCGUCCUGGGCGCAAUAGUUCUCGUCUCGCUUGUACCAUAUGAAAAAUAUCUUGCGCGCCACCCGAUUGUUCCGGUGCGCUACUUCCGGACGAUGUCAGUGGUCCUCUCUGUGCUUCUAGGCUGCAUUGACAACAUCGGAUACGGCGCAACACAUACCUACCUCUUCGUCUGGUCCAUGGUCUCGCACAACUUUUCCCCUCGCGAUGCCCAGUUCCUGACCUACACGAACGGGGUCGCCCAAGCGUUAAGUGGAAUCGGAACAGGGCUCCUAAUGUAUCGAUACAGAACGUACAAAUGGAUUGGCGUAGCAGGCGCCGUUGUCCGAAUGGUUGGGUAUGGGGUCAUGGUACGCCUGCGCACGAAUGAGAGCUCUGUCGGGGAACUCUUUGCCGUGCAGCUCGUGCAAGGGCUCGGCAGCGGCAUUAUCGAAACUAUCAUUAUCGUUGCGGCGCAGAUAUCUGUCCCACAUGCUGAAUUGGCCCAGGUCACUUCGUUGGUUAUGCUUGGUACUUUCUUGGGCAAUGGGAUUGGAUCAGCGGUGGCGGGAGCUAUAUAUACUGGGCAGCUGCGGAGCCGGCUGCGAGUGCAUUUGGGCCCGGGCGUCAGCGAAGACCAGCUUACGAGACUUUAUAAUUCGAUUACGGGGACGUUGCCGGACUGGGGGACUGCUGAACGAACUGCUGUCAAUCAGGCUUAUUCCGAUGUUAUGGGGUACAUCACCAUUGCAGCGCUAGCCUUUGCUGUUCCAAUCGUCUUCUUGUCUCUCCUUCUACCUAACAAGAAGCUCGGCGACGGACACAACCUCGUACAAGAGUCGCCAUCGUCAGACUCAGUCGACGAGAAAAAGUCUCACAUCUAA